AUGGAAGACCAAGAGGAAGGAGAGAAUUCUCCACAAGAAUACUAUGCUGAAGGUGGUGGUGGAAACUCCAGUACUGAAACAACCACCACAACACUGCAGCAUUUGCGCGAAAUUUUAGAACGUCGAGAAUCGACCAUUGAAGAUUUGCGCCAAACAGUAGCAAUGUUAAAGCAUAAUAUUGCCGAACAACGUGAUGAAAUUAUUCGUUUAAAAAGUUUAAACAACAGUACUUAUAAGGUGCAAAAUCCACUGAUUUCAUUACCGCUUGAACUUAUCAAGAUGAUCUUUUAUUUGUGUGAUGCUCUUACACGAUGUCGCAUUUGCUGCAUUAAUAAAAGGUUAGCUGAGGAAUUGAGCAGUUGGGUCGAUGUUCAGCAUCUUUAUUUGACGAGGGUACCAAUUGAAGAUGGAGCGAACAAAACCAUUGUAACACACGCCUAUCAAGUUGUCACCAAUUCUCCUGCAGUGGGCGUAAUUCGUACUACUAAAGCUAUUCCGAUGCUUCAUAAUUUCCGUCUUGUUUAUACUUUGGGCGAUUUUCUCACAUUGCCAAAUCUUCGAACGCUUCAUAUUCGAGAAACGCUAACAUUAGCUGAUGUUCCACCAAUGGACAAAAUUUGCGCUCCAAUUGAGGAUCUUCGAAUUUGUACACAUCGAAUGCGUAUCCAACAGUUGCUAAUCAUAUGUCGAGCUUUAGCGACUACUUUGCGACGUUUAGAAUUAUUACUAACUAUUAUUGUGCCGGAAGGAGCUGCUACAGUCGAAAAUCGUAGCGCUGCUGUUAUGGAAGUUGCAGAAGCAAUGACUGCUAUGGGACAUUUGAAUCAUUUAACGCUUGCACGAACUUUUCUUAAGCCUUCGACAAGCGAACAAAUAUUUGAGUUGCUGAAAAUGUUCCAUUCAUUGUCAACAAUAACAUUCGAAGCACUGGUUUUAAAUGAUUUCGUACAACUCGCAAAUGUUCAUCUACCGCCAUCAGUAAAACGAAUUAUCGUAACAGAAUCAAUCAAAAUUGAUCCGUCAUGGUAUCCACUUAAUUCUACUUCUAUGGAAUUCUUUGAUGUUUUCAACGACGAAAGAAUGCCAGCAUUACAAGAUGCGUGUCGUAAGGUACGACGUGAGAUCACACUCCAGCUUGGCCGUCUUCGUGGAUUUGGUCCAGCAACUGUAAAUUUUCAAUUGAGUCUUGUACGAAUUUUGGCCAAUAAGACUUCACCGUUACGGUUUGGAAAUCGAAAAGGCGAUUGUCGUGUAUUUCUCUGGAAGGGCCGUAUUCUUACACGUAGGGAAUACUUAAAGAUGAAUGAUAUAACUAUCGAUGGGAUUAUGUGA